AUGACUACACCCAAUUUACAAAUAAAACCUCUGACAGUAAGUGAGACCUUGACUUACUGGGAAAUUGUUCCGGGUGCGAUGGCCCCUUACCGGGCCACUCCAGAGGCUGCAGGACUAGAUCUCUAUGCAUUGGAAUUGAUCAGAAUAAAUCAAAAACAGAUGAAAGUUAUCAAUACUGGGAUAGGAAUUAAAAUUCCUCCAGGACACUUUGGUUUGAUAACUGCCCGUUCGAGCCUAGCCUUGAAAAGUAUUCAUGUCAUGGGAGGAGUGAUUGAUGCAGAUUAUCAAGGAGAAAUUAAAGUAAUUCUGUUAAACAAUGGUGAACAAGAUUUGAUUAUCCAUCCCUAUGACAGAAUAGCACAACUAUUGAUACUGCCAGUUUUGAAAGCAAUUGUGAAAAAAGGGGAUCCACCUCAAGUCACCACUUUUCGUGGAGAUAAAGGGUUUGGAUCAAUUAUUUCAAUAACGGAGCUAAAGUAUGGGUCCAGAGUUCAAGCGAACCUCCUGAACCAGCUGAAGGAAUAG